GCGAGUGGGGCGGGGCCUCUCGGUGGACGGGUGGAAAGUCUUGUUUAUUUUGAUCUCCGUGCAUGUGCCAAGAUAAGUGACGUCACCGGGCGGUUCCCAUGGAUGACAGAAGCGGCGCAUUUGCCAGCCUUUCACUAAAGACUAUGUUUACCGUCUGCUGAAUCAUGGUGAACAAGUUGAACCGGUGUAUAAGAGCCUCGGCGUGACACGGCACGGUCAUUAGUGCUCAGCUUUCAGUGCAAGCAGCUAAGUCUUUCAGGGCAUAUCCUGACAAACACAUCGUUCGCUCAGAAGGGCAGGACGCACCGAAAAAUGUCUAUAAGGAAGGUGGUGAAAACUGUCCUCAGCGUGGAGCAGUCAGAAGGCGUUGGAGCCCGCGUGCGCAGGAGCAUCGGCAGGAAAGAGCUUAGAAAUUUGGAUCCAUUCUUGAUGUUGGAUGAAUUUAAAGGUGGAAAACCAGCUGGCUUCCCAGAUCACCCUCACAGAGGAUUUGAAACGGUGUCUUACUUGUUAGAUGGAGGAUCGAUGGCACAUGAGGACUUUUGCGGGCACGUUGGUAGAUUGGACCCUGGUGACUUGCAGUGGAUGACGGCUGGCCGUGGAAUAGUUCAUGCAGAGAUGCCCUGCACAGAGGAGCCGGCGCACGGAUUGCAACUUUGGGUUAACCUGAGAAGUUCAGAAAAAAUGAUUCCUCCUCAGUACCAAGAACUGAAGAGUGCCGAUAUACCCAAGCCAUCAAAAGAUGGCGUCACCGUAGCUGUCAUUUCUGGAGAGUCGAUGGGUGUCAAGUCCAAAGUUUAUACCCGGACACCUACCCUGUAUCUUGACUUCAAAAUGGAGAAGGGGUCCAAAUUCACUCAGCCUGUUCCUAAAGGAUGGACUGCAUUCAUCUAUACGCUGUCUGGUUUUAUCUAUGUUGGACCACCUGAUGGCCAGCAAAAGAUUGAGGCUCACCAUACUGCAGUGUUGGAUGAUGGUGACCAGGCCCACUUUGAAAAUAAGGAUUCUGAACUGAGCCAUUUUGUUUUGGUUGCUGGUGAACCAAUAAAAGAGCCUGUUGUGCAACAUGGUCCAUUUGUGAUGAACACGCAGGAAGAAAUAUCAAAAACCAUUGAAGAUUACAACUUUUCGAAAAAUGGAUUUGAAAAUGCUAAAACAUGGAAGUCCAAGAUUGGAAACAAAUGAAGAAUCUUAAUUUUCUUAAUCUUAAAAAACAAGUUUUAAAAAAAAUAUAUAU